GCUUUGAAGCGCAGCUUUAGGACUCGGUGAGAGCAGCGCGAGCGCGGCACGCAGAUACACGCACACGCAGAAACACGCACAUACACGCACAGUAGUUGAGGACAGCGCGAGCGCGGACGGACACGUCCCCAGGACCGGACACUUGGAUUUUUUCCUCGAGGUCAUUAUUGCCCGUUUUCCUGCUCCGUGUAAAGGAUCCGCUUUGAUUUUUUUUUUACAUGUUUUGUUCAUUUUGGUGCUGAUUGAUUUCUAUAAUAAGAAUUUAUUUAUAUAAUAUUUUUUGGAGUUGACACUACUCGCGCGCGGGAGUUUCCAUAGCGACGCCGUUUAUAUCUAUGUGAUAGAUUGUUAUUGUUUUUUUUUAUUAUUCGCCGAUUUUGGGAAAUAUCCUCCUCCACCUCUUCCUCCACCUCCUCCACCCCACGGGGCUCGGGCGCCAUGCGGACAACCGCGCGCCGCGCCACAUGAGCGACGUGCUGCCCUUCCCGGAGUCAGGAGUCGCGCGGACACCGAGUCCCUCUGCCCCGGAGACCAGCUGCCUCUGCCCCUGCCUCUGCCCCAGCGCCUGCUUCUGCCCUUCGCUCGUCCUCGGACCGUGUGGCGAUUGCCUACCCCAAGUUCGCGCUUCACGGCUCGCGCUCGCCCCGCUGCCCCUCGCGGAUCCGGUGCGUCACGCAGAUCGGCUCCCCGUCCGAAUUCUCCAAAUGCUGAGCGCGCGCGCGGCUCACAUGCUCCACGCGGACUACCUGCAGCCGCUCAGUUCCGCGCCGCUCCCCAUCGAGCUGGACGCUAAGAAGAGUCCACUUGCUCUUCUGGCGCAGACCUGCUCCCAGAUUGGCAAGCCGGAUCCUCCGUCGUCCUCCAAGCUAAACUCAAUCUCUUCGGGCAACUUGGGAGACAAAGAUGGCCGGCCAACUGGUUCAGGGCUCAAAUCGUCAGAGCAGCAGCAACAGCAGGGGCUGGAGGACAAGUCCAGCUUUAAACCUUAUUCCAAAAAUGGAUCUGAAUGCCGGAAGGAUGGAAUCAUGUUGAGUGGUUCAUCUGACAAACCUGGGUUCAGGACUUCUGGUGGGAAUUCAUCCAGCACGACGUGUCCGUCUUUUCCUUCUCACAACAUGUCUCCGAGGACCUGCUCACCGUCCCAGCAUGCCCCAGGCCAGGCGCAUGUGCACCGUCAGACGCAGUCUCCAUCCAUGCAGAAACCCCUUAGUGUAGACUCCAAAAGUGGAAGUUCUGACUCCAGUGCGGAGAGUAGCUGUGGUAGUGAUCGUGUUGGAAAAAAAGAGUUUGAUAACAGCAGACUUGACAAUGCCCAGAUAGCUAACUCUAGCCAGGCACGUGCAAGUGUCAACUCCAGCAGUGGCAGUGCCUCUAGCAGCCCUCGACCAGAAAGCAAGAAUGAUUCUCAACCACCGCAGACAUCCGUAGCUACUUCUAGUCAUGUUGCACCGAUUUCUCCAUUUAAACCAGGACACUCUGUGUUCCCUUUGCCUGCUUCCACCCUGGGAUACCACGGCUCCAUAGUUGGUGCUUAUGCUGGUUAUCCAUCCCAGUUUGUCUCUGGGUUGGACCCUACCAAGUCUGGUUUAGUGGGUGCUGCUGGGAUGUCAAAACACCCAAGCUCCAGUCCUUUAACGGGCACAUCUCCUCCGUCCUUUAUGCAAGGCUUGUGCCGGGACCCGUAUUGCCUCACUUACCCCAACGCAUCCCAUUUAGGGGGAAGCAACUGCAACACUUGCGUCCAUGACCCCUCCUCGACAUUGAAGUCAGGAUUUCCAUUGAUGUACGCUUCCCCACACCUCCAUGCUCUCCAUCCAGGCUCUCUGUCCACGUCUGGUGCUUCCGGUUCCCUUUCCCACCCACUCUACACCUACGGAUUCAUGCUUCCAAGUGACUCUCUGCCUCACGCCUGCAACUGGGUCUCUGUCAGCGGACCCUGCGACAAGCGCUUUGCAACUUCAGAGGAACUCUUGGCGCAUUUGCGCACUCAUACUUCUUUUCCUGGCAUGGAUGGAAAGCUCUUGUCUGCCUAUCCUUCUUCUGCUUCUUCCUCAGCUGCUUCUUGUCACCUUCACCUGCCCCCUCCCGGCAGCCCCGGGUCUCUUCCAAGCUCCUUCUCACUUCGAGGUUCACCUGGACUCGGCCUGGCUCGCUACCAUCCCUAUAGCAAACCCCAUUUGCCUGGGGCGCCUUCCUUACCUAUGCACUCUCUCCCUGCGACAGCUCCGUACUACUCCCCCUAUGCCCUCUACAGUCAGAGACUGAGUUCAGCAUCUGCACUCGGUUACCCUUGACGGAUGCCCAGGGGAAGAAAACAAGGAAAAGGUCAAGAAGGACAAGGACCAUCCUCAGAAGACGCCCUAAGCCAAAAGGGAGCUUUAUAUGGAUGGAGUUACCUGCGUAAUUUGUGAAGGCGGGAAGCACAGGAAGGCUCAAGCUUGAACGCACAUGCCGGCUCUGAAGAAAGAACCACGAACCUGUGCUUGAUUCCCGACAAGAGUGAAACUGAAAACUUUAAUAUUAUUUGAUGAUCAAAGUUUUAUUUCAAUUUAUUAUUAAAAAAAAGAAAAGUAUAUUUAUUUUUCUCUCGAGCGCUUGGCUUUGUACUUGGGAAACAUUUACUGUCGAAACACAUUGGUACAGGAAUAAUAUUUUCAGAGAUCAAUAUCGCUCUUUCCGCAAUACAUUUAUUUUUUUUAUAACAAGCUCAUUUAUCACUUUCGGUUGUUUAUUUUCUUUUGCUUUCUCUAAGCAGGCGUGACUUGCCUGACAGCCGGGUUUGUCCUUGGAAAUUUGCCAUUUUUUUUCUUUGUCGUUUUUUUUUUGUACUUGUACAGUUCAAAAGAAUAAAACACAAAGAGACAGAUGUGAUAUAUUUUCUACGGUGACUGAUUCUGAACGUUGGAAAGAGUUUACUAGAGGGUUGAAGGAAAUGGGGGGGGGAUAAAUACAAAUGAUUAAAGAGUCCUAUGUAGAGUCAAUGGUGGCGCUAUACACUUACCAGAAUGUCUUAUUUUCUGAAAUAAAUGAUAACUUGAUUACA